GACACCGGACUCCAGACUCCAGACUCCAUUAGCGCGAAACCUUCAGGAGCUCCGCUGCAGCUGGACUUUCACGAGGACCCCUUCCUCAUGAUAGGAUUAAACACACGACUGAAGGAAAGAAAGCUCUCGCACUGUUGAAGUUGUGGACAUUGAAGCGUGUUUCGAGGAUUUGCUUCGGUGUAUUUGUGAAGGAUGGCGUUGGAUGGUAUACGGAUGCCAGAUGGCUGCUAUGCAGAUGGGACCUGGGAACUGAAGAUGCAUGUCACUGACCUCAACAGGGACGUGUCUCUGAGAGUCACUGGGGAAAUUCACAUCGGCGGUGUGAUGCUCAAACUCGUGGAGAAACUUGAUGUGAAGAAGGACUGGUCAGAUCAUGCUCUGUGGUGGGAAAAGAAGAAGACCUGGCUGUUAAAGACCCACUGGACACUUGAUAAAUAUGGCAUUCAGGCUGACGCUAGGCUGCUCUUCACACCUCAGCACAAGCUGUUGCGCCUGCAGCUGCCCAACAUGAAACACAUGAGGGUGAAAGUGAACUUCUCUGACCGCGUCUUCAAAGCUGUAUCUGACAUCUGCAAAACCUUCAACAUCCGGCACCCUGAGGAGCUCUCUUUACUGCGCAAGCCCCGUGACCCCAAGAAGAAGAAGAAAAAGUUGGAGGAGGCCGAGGAAGAGGCACUGGAGCUGGAUGGACCGCUUCUCACUCCUGGAUCAGCCUCUGAGAUAAUAUACAUUGGACCGAUGAAAGGAAGCAUCUAUUCCAGUCCCGGGCUUUACAGCAAGACAAUGACUCCUACUUAUGACUCUCGGGAUGGCAGUCCUCUGUCACCCACAUCUGCAUGGUUUGGAGACAGCCCACUGUCAGAGGGCAAUCCCAGCAUCCUCGCUGUCAGCCAGCCCAUCGCCUCACCUGACAUAGUGGUCAAACUCUACAAACCUCAGUCCCUCCUGGACAAGGCCAAGAUCAACCAGGGGUGGCUGGACUCCUCCAGAUCGCUGAUGGAACAAGAUGUGAAGGAGAAUGAGGUUCUUCUGCUGCGAUUCAAGUAUCACAGCUUCUUUGAUCUCAACCCAAAGUAUGACGCCAUCAGAGUGAACCAGCUAUACGAGCAGGCGAAGUGGGCCAUCCUGCUGGAGGAGAUUGAAUGCACCGAGGAAGAGAUGAUGAUGUUCGCCGCCCUGCAGUACCACAUCAACAAGCUGUCCAUCAUGUCUUCAGACAAUCACAUGAACAACAGUGAGAAAGAGGUGGAUGAGGUGGAUGCUGCACUGUCAGAUCUGGAGAUCACACUGGAGGGAGGAAAAACGUCCAACACAUUGGGUGACAUCACAUCCAUUCCUGAACUGGCCGACUAUGUGAAAGUCUUCAAACCAAAGAAACUCACUCUGAAAGGAUACAAGCAGUACUGGUGCACGUUCAAAGACAUAACAAUCUCCUGCUACAAGAGCCGCGAGGAGGCACAUGGAACGCCAGCACACCAAAUGAACCUGAGAGGCUGUGAAGUCACACCAGAUGUGAACAUCUCUGGUCAGAAAUUCAACAUCAAGCUGCUAAUCCCCGUAGCAGAUGGUAUGAAUGAGAUCUGGCUGCGGUGUGACAUGGAGAAGCAGUACGCUCAGUGGAUGGCGGCCUGUCGUCUGGCCUCUAAAGGGAAGACAAUGGCAGACAGUUCUUAUAACCUGGAGGUGCAGAACAUCCUAUCCUUCCUGAAGAUGCAGCACAUGAAUCCUGACCCUCAGAUCAUAGAGCCCAUCACCACCGACAUCAACUCUGAGUGUCUGGUGUCACCACGAUACCUGAAGAAAUACAAAAACAAGCAGAUCUCAGCCCGCAUCCUGGAAGCCCAUCAGAAUGUGGCCCAGAUGAGCCUCAUUGAGGCCAAGAUGCGCUUCAUACAGGCGUGGCAGUCCUUGCCAGAGUUUGGAAUCACCCAUUUUCUUGCCAAGUUUCAGGGGAGCAAGAGAGAUGAGUUGAUUGGCAUCACCUACAACAGACUGAUCCGUAUGGACGCCAGCACAGGAGAUGCCAUCAAGACCUGGCGCUUCAGCAACAUGAAACAGUGGAACGUCAACUGGGAGAUCAAGAUGGUAAAAGUGGAGUUUGCAGAUGAGCCCAGUCUUGCGUUCAUCUGUGCUGAGGUAGACUGUAAAGUGGUGCACGAGUUCAUCGGCGGCUACAUCUUCCUGUCCACGCGUGCCAAGGACCAGAAUGAGUCUCUAGAUGAGGAGAUGUUCUACAAGCUGACCAGCGGAUGGGUUUGAGCGCUGCUCUUCUCAUAGCAUCAGGGGGACUGGACUGACUGACUUCUGUUACUCUCACACUGCUUUUCUUUUCUCUGUUUUAACCACUUCAAUGCUCCACAUCAUAGGUGUUUGGAAACAUUAUACUUGUGAAUGCAUUUAUAACACUAGCAGACAUACUUACAGAGGACACUGUGAGGACACUGUGAGGACACCAAGUCCAAGGAAACAGUUCUUGCUCUGCCCUCUUAGUCUGUUUCAGAAGUUACUUCCUCCAGAGCGGUUAACUGCUUCCCUCCAGGAAUUAUUUAGUUAACUAGAUGAAGCAAUAGUAGUUGUCGUUCUUGCUAGUCUAAUAGAUAUAUGCCAGCUUUGUGCACCAAGAAAUGCCAAUUAUUUAUUUCUUACUAACUCGUGUUACAUUUACAUCGUCUUUAUUGGUCAUUUUUUUGAAUGAAUCCUUUGCGAUAACUACGUCACAUUCUUAUGCUGUCAUCGAAACACUACAGAAGGAAUUGUUACACUAGCUUUAAAGGAAUCGUUUAUUCAAAUAUUGAAAUUGUGAUUAUUUACUCAGCCUCAUGUCAUUUCAAACCUGCAUGCUGUUAUUUAUUUUUUUAGUAGAAUGCAAAAUUUUAAAGAAUCUUCACACAACUGUUUUCCAUUCAACAGCAGUUCAUAGUGAAAACAGUUGCAUGAAAGUAUAUUCCAAGUCUUCUGAAGCCAUGUGAUGGCAUUGUAAGGAACAGACUGAAUUGUUUAUAAAAAAAAUAUUCCUCUUUGUUCUCAAAUCAAAUAUGACUCAGGUUUGUCAUCAUGAUGUUUGGUCACCAAUUUUGUAGUCCAGUACGACUUUAGUCCAUUCAAGAGCUUCGACUGAGGGGAACAAUUACAAUUUGGGUCUGUUCCUCAUGCAAAGCUAUCGAAUGACUCCAGAAGACUUGCAGUAUAGUGAAUGAUUCGUAUGAAGAACUAACUUUCUAUUGUGAUAGUGUUUUUUGAGCUUGACAGUUGUGGUCUCUGUGUAAGCUGCAUUUUUAUGUUCCACAGAAAGAAAUAACAGCAAAUGGGUUUGAAUCCACAUGAUAGUGAGUGAAUAAUGACAGGAUUGUAAUUUUUGGGGUGAACUAUCCCUUUGUUGCUGUUUCUGAAGAGAUCUGAACGGUUCUGACUUACUGCACUACACUCGAGAUGAUCUCGCUCGGCAGUUUUUCAACAACAAACUGAUGCAAUUUUGUCGUUUUAAAGCACUUCUGCCGUAAGAUAAGAGUCUCUUUAUGAAUAAGCAGUAGUUUGAAGUUUAUAUUUGUGUGUUUGUGCCCUCUGCUUUUAGUGAUCAUGUGUGUUCGACAGUACAUUAAAGUGAAUUACACAGAUGUUUUUUACACUAUGACAGUGGGUUGCCCACUUUUUUGUAGCAACAGUUCGCAGUGCAGCAACAUAGGAGAACAUUUAUGAAGGAAUGAAUCUAUGGCAACAGAUUCGGCUUUUGAAGGCCAUUGAUUUCCAAAUGUAAGAAGUUUCUUUUUAUUAUUAUCUUCCUAGGAAGUCUGCUAUUUUAUCCAUCAGCCUUUAUUGUGCACCAAUAUAGUAUUAUUCAACAGCAUUUCAUUAUUAUGCACCAGCGAUAGGUCACUGUUUUAAAAACAAGUUUUUUUUCUUUGUCCAACAUGAAGGAACGCUAAAUGAAGUAUUGUAUUUUUUUUUUUUUUUUUUUUUUUUGUAUCUAAUGUAAAAACAGGUUUUAAAGAAUUGUACAGUUGUUUUGUUGCUGCUUUUUUUCUGUCAUUUUUCGGAAGUAUGUUUCUUUCCAGAAGAGAGGGAAAAAAGCCAUUUUUGACAUUGAGGAUUCAUUCCUGCCAAUGUUACAAUCUUAUGGAGUUUUAGAAAAAAAAAAUAUAUAUAUAUAUAUAAAUGCAUAUGAAGAAAUUAAAAAUAUCUCAAGCUCCAGGUUUCAAUGAACUCAUUUAGAUCAUAGCGUCUUUUAUAUCUCAUGAGGAGCUUUUGAUUUGCCUUUUGUUUUUCUUGCCUUAAGUGAUGAAUAACCAUAAUUGUUUUGAUUCUGCUGCAAAAAUAUUUUUUUAAGAAAGUGUCGUUAAUGAUCGCUCAAACACUAUUGAAGUGUAGCAGAAUCUGUGUGUGUGUGUGUGUGUGUGUGUGUGUGUCUUUUGUAGUGCACCGGUUAAUGACAGUAUUUUCUUUUGUUUUAACAUAUGAAGAUGGUUCAGAGCCAGAAGUGUUUUUUUUUUUUUUUUUUUUUUUACCUUCUAUGUUUUCACAGAUGCCAGCAGUGCAGUGCAUGGCCUGUUUAAAAAAUUUAAAAAUGCCAUUUACUUUACAAAAAUAAAUAAUAAAAUCAUUUUUAUUUAAAAUCCUAAAAUGACAAUGGUUCAAUUUAUUAAUUGUUUUUGGCAUCACCCUGAGUGCAGUGCCGUUCUCCACCAGAGGAGAGCAGUGUUGCUGCAAACAAUUUUAAUGAUCUGAUUGAGCCAUUAUUGACCCUGGUGACACAAUUUGUCCCUGGAUAACUGUUAUCAUGAAUAGCUUGCACUUGAAGGUGAAGUUACUCUUAAAAUGUCAAUGUGAUCCUGGCACAUGCUGUCUAAAAUCUGCUGAAAAUACUACAAACUGGUGUCCCAUUACUGUUCUUAAAGCAAUAAAGGCACACA